CCACUCCCGCCGCGGCCCCCCCUUCCCCUAAAGUGAGUGAGUGAGACGGGCAGAUGGAGGAGGGACUGUAAUGGCGGCGGCCGGCAGCUCCCUGCUCUGACCCACGGCAGGCAUACAGCAACGACCCCCUCCCUGCCCCUCUCUCUGCCGGCCUCCGCCCCGCCGCUAGCGCGGGGCCACCCUCUCCGGCCCUUCCCCCAGCCGUCGGCGUCUCGCCCUGCGCCCCGGCCGGGGCCCCACACACAAUGGACGAGCUCGCCGGAGGCGGUGGUGGCGGCCCGGCGAUGGCGUCCCCUCCACGGCAGCAGCAAGGACCCGGGGGGAACAUGAGCCUUUCGCCAGGGGGGAAUGGAGCGGCGGGCGGCGGGGGUCCUCCGGCCGCCGAGGGAGCGGGUCCCGCGGCAGGCCCCGAGCUGUCCCGGCCGCAGCAGUACACUAUCCCAGGGAUCCUGCACUACAUCCAGCACGAGUGGGCUCGGUUCGAGAUGGAGCGGGCGCACUGGGAGGUGGAGCGGGCCGAACUACAGGCUCGGAUAGCAUUUUUGCAAGGAGAAAGAAAAGGUCAAGAAAACUUGAAGAAGGAUUUAGUAAGAAGAAUAAAGAUGUUAGAGUAUGCAUUAAAACAAGAAAGGGCAAAAUAUCACAAAUUAAAAUAUGGCACAGAACUGAACCAAGGUGACUUGAAAAUGCCAACCUUUGAAUCAGAAGAAACCAAAGACACAGAGGCUCCCACAGCACCUCAAAAUAGCCAGUUAACGUGGAAGCAAGGCAGACAACUGUUAAGACAAUAUCUUCAGGAAGUAGGUUAUACAGAUACAAUAUUAGAUGUACGGUCUCAGCGGGUAAGAUCAUUACUUGGACUGUCCAAUUCAGAACCAAAUGGAUCAGUAGAGACAAAGAAUUUAGAACAGAUCCUGAAUGGAGGUGAAUCUCCUAAGCAAAAAGGACAAGAUAUCAAAAGGACUUCUGGUGACGUUCUUGAGACAUUCAAUUUCUUAGAAAAUGCUGAUGACAGCGACGAAGAAGAGGAAAAUGACAUGAUUGAAGGCAUCCCAGAAGGAAAAGACAAACAUCGGAUAAAUAAACACAAAAUAGGUAAUGAAGGCUUAGCUGCUGACCUAACUGAUGAUCCAGAUACUGAGGAAGCACUGAAAGAAUUUGAUUUUUUAGUAACUGCUGAAGAUGGUGAAGGAGCUGGAGAAGCACGAAGUUCAGGGGAUGGCACAGAAUGGGGGGUCAACAGGACAAAACUCUGCGACACGAUAGCUGAUCUGGGAGAUGAUGAGCUGCCCCUCAUCCCUUCAGGAAUCAUAAAUCAGUCUAGGUCAGCCUCUACUAGAAUGACUGAUCAUGAAGGUGCAAGAGCAGAGGAAGCUGAACCAAUAACGUUUCCAUCUGGAGGAGGCAAGUCAUUUAUUAUGGGUUCUGAUGAUGUUUUGUUAAGUGUACUGGGCCUUGGAGACCUUGCAGACUUGACGGUAACAAAUGAUGCAGACUAUAGUUAUGAUUUGCCUGCCAAUAAAGAUGCCUUUCGAAAGACAUGGAAUCCCAAGUAUACACUACGUAGCCAUUUUGAUGGAGUUCGGGCAUUAGCUUUUCAUCCUGUAGAACCUGUGCUGGUUACUGCCUCUGAGGACCAUACUCUGAAACUUUGGAACUUGCAAAAAACAGUUCCUGCCAAAAAGAGUGCCUCUUUAGAUGUAGAGCCUAUCUACACAUUUAGGGCCCACAUUGGUCCUGUUCUGUCACUAGCUAUUAGUUCCAAUGGAGAGCAGUGUUUUAGUGGUGGUACUGACGCAACUAUCCAGUGGUGGAACAUGCCUAGUCCUAAUGUGGAUCCAUAUGAUACAUAUGAGCCAAAUGUUCUAGCUGGCACUUUAAUUGCUCAUACAGAUGCUGUCUGGGGUCUUGCUUAUAGUGGCAUAAAAAAUCAAUUACUGUCUUGUUCAGCAGAUGGCACUGUUAGAUUAUGGAGUCCACAAGAAAAAUUGCCAUGUAUUUGCACUUACAAUGGAGACAAAGAGCAUGGAAUACCUACAUCAGUUGACUUUAUAGGCUGUGAUCCAGCUCAUAUGGUGACCUCUUUCAACACUGGUAGUACAGUAAUUUAUGAUUUAGAAACAUCACAGUCAUUGGUGAUGCUUUCAUCACAGAUGGAUUCUGGUUUACAAUCCAGUAAUCACAUUAACAGAGUAGUAAGUCAUCCCACACUUCCUGUUACAAUAACUGCUCAUGAAGAUAGACACAUCAAAUUUUUUGACAAUAAAACGGGUAAAAUGAUCCAUUCUAUGGUAGCUCAUUUGGAUGCUGUUACAAGCCUAGCAGUAGAUCCUAAUGGAAUCUAUCUGAUGUCUGGAAGCCAUGACUGUUCUAUUAGAUUGUGGAAUUUGGACAGCAAGACAUGUGUGCAGGAAAUAACAGCACAUAGGAAGAAACUAGAUGAAUCAAUUUAUGAUGUUGCUUUCCAUCCAUCAAAAGCAUAUAUUGCUAGUGCAGGGGCUGAUGCCCUUGCCAAAGUAUUUGUGUGAAUCAACAAAAACUCUCAUCAUAACAGCAGAUUUGCUUGGACACAAAGGGUCUGCAUCACUGCCAUCAAAAAAAUUAAUGAUAUGACACUACAUAUGAUCUGCCUGGUGAAGGCUAUUUGGGCAGGCAUAAAUUGGUGGAAAUCACAUCUUAACGUCAGGCUCAUUAAUUUAAUUGUAAUUACUGUAUUUCGUGGGACAAAAAAAGGACUCCAUUAUUUGUGGCCUGUACUGGAUAUGAACUGAGCGUAUGUCUGUCUUUUAGGUAUCUUUAAGCCAAUGUGGAGUCUGAUCUGACAAAAAGACUUCUGUUUUGGACUCUGUGUGCUGCCUUAGGGUUAGGAAUGUGGUGCUCUUGUUGGGGGGAAGUGAGCUCCAAGAGUAGCUUUUUUCAUCUCUUAGUGAUCUUCUGUUUAUUGGUUGAAUGCCACAGAUUCCCUUUUAAACUUAUUUUGCUUUAAAAAAAAAAAAAAAGAAAAUUUAACUUAAGAUAUUUUAGCAUUAGUUGCACAAAAUGUUUGGAUAAAAUUCUAGUUUUUAUAAGUCUUUUUAUAUAUUUAGCCUGUCACAACAGUGCUCAAGAUUGUAUUGAAGUUUUUCUGCAUUAUACAACCCUGAAACACAGAGAUCUCACUGACCCGCUGCCGUGUAACCACACUCUUUCCUUCUUUUGCAUAAUACAGCUCAGCUAAGUCUUUCCAUAAAGAUGCUAAAUCACGAUCAUCAUCACGUAACUGUCUUCUGAAACCAAGGACUAUUAAGUGUAUUAAAAUGAAACGGUGGGGUUUAGUACUCCAAAUGAACUCUUAAAAAAUAAAAAAAUAAAAAAACUAAUCUUGGCAUCCUAUCACUAUGUGAUAUUUUGUACAUCUUACUGUAUUUACAAGUUUAUUUAUCAAGGAUUAUCCAUCUUGCUAAUAGCCUAUUAUUUAUUUCACUUUUUGUUGGUCUUUAUAUCCUUUUAUUAAUGUGCUAAAGGAACCUGUAUAUCUAUUUUGGAACUCUUUGAUAGUCUAAAAUAGACUAAAAAUGGAAUAUUUUAUAGUUUAAGUUACAAACCAAGGUGACUCCCCCAGAUACAUAUCUUGGUUUACCAUGAUUCCAGACAAAACUAUCUUGUUUUAAAAUAUUUGGAGUAAAAUUUGAAAUACAAAUAAGAUACAAAAAUAGUUGAAUCAGGAUACAGAAAUCUGCUGUGUUUGGACUAGUUAUCCCUGUUUUAUUUUUUCAGAUGUGCUUAAUUUUAUGGUGUAACUAAAGAUUUUGUUUGUGUAAUGCAUGAUUAAGACAAUAAAGUAUUUUUUCUAGUCUUCCAAAAAACUUUUCUGAUCAGUUUGCGAGUUUUGAUGAGUUUUGUAAGGUUUUUGUUUUACAAACUAUGAAUCAGCAAAUUUUUAAGAUUGUACCACAUAGCGAACGUACCGCUGUUGAAAAAUAAUGUAUAUAAAAUGCAUAUAAUAAAUAUUAAAUUGUGUACCUGUAUGUUACUGUUGGCUACAUUAUUUUGUGUUGAAUAAUAAAGUGCAAUACUUUACUCUCCAUUGUUAAACUAGGUAAUGGAGAUGAUUUCUCAGUGAGUCCUUCAUUUUUAUGCUCUUCUUUUAAAUUUUAUACUGUUUACUGAUAAUCUUCAACAAAAUUAGAACAGUUAAUAACUACUAAGAAUGUUUUUUAAAAGUAUUUCACCCCAUUUGGGGAUUAAAAAAAACCUUCUAUUGAAGUUCAGAUAAUUCAAAAUAAACCCCCCCCAAAAAAAAAAAAAACAAGUUGCAGAGAUGCAGUUUUAUAUCAUAUCCUUAAGCUAUCCUACUACUUUAUUAAGUCUGAAUUUCAGUUAAUAUUGUUAUUUUUCCUAUCUAGCCAAACCUAUUUCCCACAGAAGAGUUUAGCAGAGAAUAAACUGUAUUACUCAUUAAUUAAAAUUUAUCCUCAUAAGUGAUGUUAAGUAUUAGUAUCUUCAGACUUUUCCUUCAACAAGUAAUAUCCUUUUUCUUUGAAGGGAAUUGCAAAUGGACUUAGAAGGUAACAUGAGAAAACUUUGAAAACAUUAGAAAGAUUUGGCAAAUUCUAUUCUAAUAUGCCUAAUGGCUACUGCAAAAAAAUAAAUACAUUAUACAUACUUUGAGAUAUUUUGCCACCUACCAUAAAAAUUCAAGUGGCAAUUUUAGUCAUGGCUGGUGAAACACUAAAACUUUUCAGAAGUUUUCCUUAAAAUACUGGGGUUUUGGUUUUCUCAGUUGAAGAUUCAACUUAGAGAUGCAUUUUGUCUUCCUCUCCCCCCCACCCCUUUGUUUUUAAAAUAAAUAAGAGCGAGCUUUCCAAAGCUUAGUAUUGUUUUCUGGCAGCUGUUCCAAGGCAAUGAUUACUGUUUUAACUGAAAUAUGAUUAUCAUUAUGGCAAUGCAUAAACAUUUUUGGAAUGUGUUAAAACUGAAAUGCAUAAAAACAGUAUCAGUAUAUGUUUUUCUUCUUAUUCUACUUUGGUUGUAUUUUCUCUACAGUAUUAAACAUUUCGAAGAGACUAAAAGGAUGCAAAAAGAA